UGUGUAACGUAACCUGUGGAUUGGGAUACCAGCUAAGAUCGAGAUCCUGUCAUUUUAUCGACGAAAAGAAUAGAACCAUUGACAGUUCUUCGAAAUCAGAGAAAAUAAUUCUAGAUCAAACAGCGUGUAAGGGCUCGACAGUUGAUAAAAGGAAAUGUCAUAUGCCUCCCUGCGAUGUGGAUGAGUCAAAGCCCCGCUGGUCGAUGUGGUCCCGAUGGUCGGAGUGUUCAGUGACUUGCGGUGUAGGCACUCAGGCGCGAACCAGACGGUGCAAAACUAAAGCCAAGUGCGAGGGCGAUAACGUACAGAUAAAGAAGUGUCCUGACUUACCGCUCUGUAGUCCAGUUUUAAACCAAAGUAGUGAAAAUGAAGUUAGUGACAACAAUAACAACAACGAGGACAAUAGUGACCCUGAUUCUUACCUUCCAGACCUAACGUUUGAAAUUCAACCAGAAACAAUUAACUCAUAUUCCUCUCCGGACGUUGAAGAAUUUUAUAGCACAUCAGGGUCACAAGCAACUACAGUUUUCUUCGAUAUAAGUGUGACGGAAAAUUUGGAUCACAGUGACAGAGGCCCGUGUGAUCCUGGGUACAGGCACAAUGCUACGUUGAGUACCUGUGAAGACAUCGACGAAUGUUUGCUGGAGACGAACCAAUGUCACUCAACACAGAUUUGCGUGAACACGGAGGGAGCGUACCGGUGCUCAUGUCCUCCCGGGUACCUCGCACUGGCGGCAGGACAGAGGUGUUUAGAUAUAAACGAAUGCGAGUUGGAGACGGACGGGUGUUCGCACUCGUGCGUGAAUACAGCGGGCGGGUACGCGUGUGCCUGCCCGCGACAUCUGCGUCUACACGUCGAUAAACAUCAUUGUGUUACACAAUUCUUAGAAAGAAAAAUUUACGACGAAUUGAAUCUAACCUCUAAAGAAUUACUAUUGUAUGCUCAUAAAAAUAACAACAGGUCUCUCAAAAAACAGGUUAGACCGUAA